AUGCCAACCAAGAAGGGCAAAGACGACAAGAAGAAGGGAGGAAAGGCAGAGCCAGAGAAACCCAAAGAGGAGGAGAAGAAAGGGGGCAAGGAUGCUAAGAAAGGAGGAAAAGAGGACAAGAAGGGAGCGAAGGAUGACAAGAAAGGAGGAAAAGAUGACAAGAAGGGAGCGAAGGAUGACAAGAAAGGAGGAAAAGAUGACAAGAAGGGAGCGAAGGAUGACAAGAAAGGAGGAAAAGAUGACAAGAAAGGAAAGGGGAAGGGCAGGAAGGAGGAGUCAGAGGAGGAGGAGGAGUUUCUAGACAGCCAGGAGGAGGAGUUUAGCGAAGAGGAGGAGGAGGAGGAGGAGGAAGACCAGCGCAGAGGGAAGGGGGGCCGGGGGAAAGGCGACCCUAAAGGCAAGGGCGCAGCCAAGGGCAAAGGUCGUCGUCGUGGCGACUCAGAGGAUGAGGAGGACGAGGAAGAGGAGGAGGAAGAGGAGGAGAGCGAGGAAGACGACAGGCGGAGGAAGAAGGGCAAAGCGGACGCGGCCGACGCCAAGAAGAAGAAACAGCGUAAGGGCGCGGCGGGGCCGGGGGCUGAUCCUCCCCGCGUGGAGAAGCUGAAGCGCGGUCUGAAGAACACCUCGCGCCUUUUCAUGCGCUUCUCUGGCUUCAAGCGGCGCCGCAACUCCCGCAAGAAGCUGAAGAGCACGUCGCGUCUGUUCCUGGGCCUCGGGAGGCGCAAGUCCCGCGUGGCCCGCAAGAAGCGCCGCAAGUCCCUGCUCAAGAACAACAUGCGCUUCAUGAUGCGCUUCGGCAAGAAGAAGAAGGAGAAGGAGGCAGAGAAUGGUGGGAAGAAGCCCUCCUACAUGCUGAUCCGCAUGGGAGGAAGUGGCAAGGCGGCCAACAAGAAGGGCUUCCUGCGCGGACUGUUCGGACGACGGCCCGACGGCAGCGUGGACUUCAAGAACCAGAGUCUGGUGCUGGGGAAGAUCGCCGGGGCAACCAACUGGCUCACCAAGCGCUUCCUGUCCACCAAAGGUCGCCAGCGGCUUGGCGGGGGUCACGGGGCGGGGCGUUAUGGGGGUCACGACCCCUACGCAUCUCGGCAUGGCUCUAGUCGUCUGCCAGCGGGCCGCUACGCAAGCACACGUGGUCUCCGUGGUUACCAGAACCCCGCCUACCAGCAGGACGACGGUGGCGGCGGGCGACCAGAGAGGGGCAUGUUCAACAGGCGGUCACUACGGCAACAGCCCCCGCCCCUUGACCCCUACGGCGACCCCUACGGCGAGACAUCAGACUACUACGACGUCCCUUCCCAGGACCAGGGCUACUACGAGCUGGAGGACGAUGGGUUCUACGACCCCCACACAGGCUACGAUGACCAGUUCUACCCUGACGGACACGAGUUCUACGACCCUUACCUUGACCCCUACGAUCCCUACCUUGACGCUUACGGUCCCGAUGACGCGUUGGGUGGUUACUAUGACUACGAUGACCUGCAAUCAGGUUACUAUGACACCGGAGGAGGAGGAGGUGAGUUCUACGGAGAGGGUGAAAUGUACCCUGCAGAGGAGGAGUAUGGUUUCUACGGUGAUGGUGUGGAGCUUUACGAGGGGGAAGGCCAGCUGGGUUACUAUGACGACCUGGCGGGCGGAGGAGGGGCAUACGACCCUUACGGGGAGAUGGUGGCGGAUCCCUAUGGAGACGGCGGAGGAGGGAUGUACGACCCCUACGGAAACGCAUUUGCUGAUCCGUACGCUGACCCCUACGCACAAGCUGCCGUAUACGCCGACCCCUACGCCCAGGCUAUCGGCCCCGGUUACCAGACUAUCGGCCCUGCUUACGCCGACCCCUACGGCCAAACCCUCGCCCCUGGAUACGCUGACCCCUACCAGGUGAACUACAGCGAGGGGGGUGUGGCCGAGACCUUGGAGUCGGCCUAUGGGGGAGCAGUGGAGGCGGAGCUUGGGGGAAUGGAGUUCCGCGUGCCUCGGCCGCAGGUGAAGCUGUUUGGGCGUGAGCGCAUGGAGGUUCCGCUGCUCCCUGCACCCCAGAACCUCGACCAGCUCUCUGACAUCCAGUACGAGGCCGCCGCCAUGCCGCAGGAAGUGAUGUCGAUGGCCACGCCCCCCAGCUUCCACCCCCAGUCUCCCAUGUUGCCCUCCGUGCCCACCCCCACUGCCAUGCUCAUCAAGACGGCCAAUCAGCAGGGCUCGCCAGUCCUGGGCCGCUCCCCCCAUACCUCUCCCAUGCCCACCCAGAUGGGGGGGUACCCUGGCGCCCAGAUGGGUGGGUACCCUGGCGCCCAGAUGGGUGGGUUCCCUGAUGCUCAGAUGGGGGGGUACCCUGGCGCCCAGAUGGGUGGGUUCCCUGAUGCUCAGAUGGGGGGGUUCCCUGCCGGUCAGAUGGGGGGGUACCCUGGCGCCCAGAUGGGUGGGUUCCCUGCCGGUCAGAUGGGGGGGUACCCUGGCGCCCAGAUGGGUGGGUUCCCUGAUGCUCAGAUGGGUGGGUUCCCUGCCGGUCAGAUGGGGGGGUACCCUGGCGCCCAGAUGGGGGGGUACCCUGAUGCUCAGAUGAGGGGGUUCCCUGGCGCUCAGAUGCCACCUUCCCCCACCCCGAGCCGCCGGUCGAUGAUUAUGCCACCUGUGGACCCCCGCCGCUCCCCGCUUCCCUUGCGGCGUCCGAGCCCCCAGCCGUCUCCGCAGCUGUCCAUGCGUGGUUCUCCGUCCGUUCUGCAUGGUUCUCCGUUGCGGGGCAGCCCCCUCCCUCAGCCGCGCGGCCUCAUUGGGCACCCGCCUGGCGCACCCCACCCCUCGUCACCCCUCGCCCUGCGCCGGAGCCCUCGCUCCUCCCCCGGGGGACCCCCCCGACGCCUGCAGCCCCAGCCUUCAUACCGGGAGCCCCCCCUGCACGCCAUGCCUCCCAUGCCCUCCCGGAUGCCCUCGCGCCCUCCCUCGCUGCGCACCAGCCCCCCCACGUCCCCAAGAGUCUCGCUACUCUGCAGGAGCCCCCCUCCUCCAGGGCCCGCGUCGCCACGCGGCUCCUUCAGGCGCCCCAGUCCCCCAGGGUCGCCGCGAUCUUCAUUCCGUCGACCCAGCAGUCCCCCGAUAUCACCACGGGCAUCCAUGAGGCGCCCCAGCCCGCCCCUCUCCCCCUCGCGUCCGUUUGGGGCGCGGAAGCUUCCGGCGGCGUCCCCGCCACGGUCCACCUCCCCUCAUCAUCGCGCUGCCUCCUCCUCCUCACCGAGUCUGUCUCGCCAAAGCUUCGCCCCCGAUCCUCGCCGAGCCUCCCCGACCCUGUCUCGUCGCUCCACGCGGCUCAUGCAUGACCCGUUUCCAGGGACGACGCCGGGGUUUGGGGGGCGCGGCGGCCUGAUGCGAGGUGGGCGUGGCCGUGGGAUCCCCAUGGGGGCUGUGAAGCCCCUCCCUCCGGGAGCACCAAACCAGAACGUUCCGCCGCUACGUGGCUCGGUGCGAAGUCACCACUCCCACAUGCAGGACCAGAGGGCAUCGCCAGGCAUGCCCAGGGGCGUGGCUCACCGCAGGCCCCUCCUCCCACGCUCACCGGGAGCGUUCCGGAACCCCCAGAGGCCAGUGGGGAGGGGCCGACCACUCAUGGCCCGCCAGUCCAGCAGACGUCUGCCUCCGGGGAUGCCGAUUGGCUCUCCCCAGCCGUCAGUCAAGCCCUAUGGCCCACCUUCACCACAUCCCUCCAUCAGGCACUUCUCAAGACCCUCCUCCCCACUCCCGCCAAUCAAACACGGACAUCCAAUGGCCAUGAGCCCUGCAUUUGCCCCUGAACUGUACCCCAUGGAGCAGCCUAUUGGCCCCUCCUCCCCUCUGUUGGGCGACGCCCUCAGCGCCUCCCACCUAAGCCCCGCCCACCUGUCCUCUCCUCUCCAGCCUGCUCCUCCGUACGCGCCCCAGAUGAUGGAAGCACAGGCAUUUCCGGGGCAACCGAUGUCCCCCAUGCUCUCGAGUGCCAUGCAGAACCAACAGAUCCGCUCAGCGAACUACGGGGCUCCCUUGCAGCCCUACGGCCUUGACCCUCAGGCGCCCUUUGACCCCCAAGACCCUGCCUCGUCCCCUAUGCUGGCCAACGCUCUUCAGAACCCUCAGCUCCGCUCCGCCUCCUACGCCGCUCCCCUCCCGAGGCCCUUCCCAUCCUUCCUGUAUGGGGCGGAGCUUCCCCCGGACUACCAGGAGUUGUCUUCGCCCUCCUCCCCCCAGCUAAGCUCCGCCCUGCAGAACCCUCAGCUUCGCUCCGCCUCCUACACUGCCGCUCCGCUCCAGAGACCGCGCUCUCCUUACUCGCCAGUCGUCACGCAGUGGGAGGAGCCUGCUCCAGGCCCCGCCCUCCAGUCAGCGCUCCAGAACCCAGCGGUGCGGAACGCCUCGUACCGUUCACACCUGCGUCGCCCGGGUUCCGUACGCUCCACCCAGUCCACCUACUCCGCCCCACACUCACCACACCUCUCGGGUGCUCUACAGAACCCUUACCUGCGGAACGCCUCGUACCGCCUGCCAGACGGAACGCUGUACGACCCGCGCAAGUCUCCACGGAUGGACCGGCGCACAUCACCGCAACUCUCUGCCGCGCUACGUCAUAACCCGCAGCUUGCACAGGCAUCUUACCGCCUGCCCGACGGAACUCUGGUCACCCCUCAGAUCACCGGGCCUGUGGAUGUAGACCCGGCCUCUCCGAUGCUGGCGCACGCCCUUCAGCAGAAUCCUAAUCUGCGUUCCGCGUCUUACCGCCUCCCAGACGGAACCCUCAUCAGCUCGGAUCCCAGGCUCCAGCAACCAGGCGGAUCUCCGCAGCUGAUGCGAGCCCUUCAGCAGAACCCUAACCUGCGUUCCGCUUCCUACCGCCUGCCUGACGGAACCCUGGUCAUGGCAGACCCACAACAACCACAGGUGACCAGUCCACUCAAUCAAUUCAUGCUAACAUUCAACCAUAGAUUAUCCACUCAAUCUAUUCAUGCUAGCAUUCAACCAUCUCUCUCCAUCUCUCUCUCUGCACUUCUCUCUCUCUGCACUUCUCUCUCUCUCUCCAUCUCUCUCUCUCUCCAUCUCUCUCUCUCUCAGGUCAUGUCCCCAAACCUGUCGGCAGCUCUGCAGCAGAAUCCUCAGCUACGUUCAGCCACCUAUCAGCUGCCGGACGGUUCCGUCAUCAGUGUAGAUCCUCGUACAGGCAAACCCACUAGUCCAAACCUCUCCAGUGCCCUGCAGAACGAGAUGCUAAGAGGCGCUAGCUACAGACUCCCAGACGGUUCAGUCAUCAGUGUGGAUCCUCGCACAGGCAAACCCACUAGUCCAAACCUCUCCCGUGCCCUGCAGAAUGAGAUGCUUAGAACCGCUAGCUACAGACUCCCAGACGGUUCCGUCAUCAGUGUGGAUCCUCGCACAGGCAAACCCACUAGUCCUAACCUCUCCAGUGCCCUGCAGAAUGAGAUGCUUAGAACCGCUAGCUACAGACUCCCGGACGGUUCUGUAAUCUCCGCCCAACCCAAGCCCACUAGUCCGAACCUCUCAGCAGCGCUGCAGAACGAGAUGUUACGAGCCGCAUCCUACCGCCUGCCUGACGGUUCUGUGAUCUCAGCAUACCCCAAGCCCACGACCCCCAACCUGUCUGCUGCAUUGCAGAACCAAGCGGUCAAAUCUGCCACCUACCGCCUACCAGAUGGUUCUGUGAUCUCGGCGUACCCCAAGCCCACGACCCCCAAUCUGUCUGCUGCAUUGCAGAACCAAGCGGUCAAAUCGGCCACCUAUCGCCUACCAGAUGGUUCUGUGAUCUCGGCGUACCCCAAGCCUACGACACCCAACCUGUCCCGCGCGCUGCAGAACGAAGCCAUGAAGAGCGCCUCCUACAGGUUACCGGACGGUUCCGUCAUCACCGCCUACCCGCGGCCGACCCAGCCUGACCUGUCCUCCGCGCUGCAGAACCCAGCGCUCAAGUCUGCAUCGUUCCGCCUGCCCGACGAUUCUGUCCUGACCGCCCGUCCUAAACCGACUGGGCCCAACCUGUCGGCAGCGCUGCAGCGGAACCAAGCCAUGCGCGAGGUCAGCUACCGGCUGCCGGACGGGUCGGUUCUCGCGCGUGGGUUCCGCUCGGCGCCGUACCUGUCGGAGGCGCUGCAGAACGCGCAGAUGAAGAGCACCGCCCUGCAGCUGCCCACGGGCCUCACCACCAGGACCGUCACCGGCGAGCUGAUCGGACCCGACGGACGCUACUCUGCCGUGUCGGCGCGCGCCCGUUCCCAUGACGACCACUGGGCCCGUCACGGCGGCUGGCCCAGCCAGACCCCCGAGGACGUGUGGGCCGCAGAGAGGGUUCUACCGCAUGGAACCCUGCAGAACCUCAGCAAGUGGGCCAUGUACCGAGAGGAGGGCAUGCUGGAGGGACUCAUGCCGCCUGCCGUCACCUGGCUCGGGGAGGAACAGGGGGAGGUGCUGUGGGAACCCGACCGAGAGGGAGAACCCACCGGACCCUGGUUUGAUAAGAUCUAUUUUAUUAGGAGUCUGCCCACUAUGAGAUAUCGAGAGAGGAGAGAAGUGGAUGGUAUCGAGGACAUGACACAACUGGCGGAGCUGAGUGAAGCGUCAGUUCUGAUGAACCUGCGGAAUCGAUAUGAGAGGGAGCUCAUUUAUACGUAUAUCGGCAGUAUCCUAGUGUCAGUGAACCCUUACAAACUCUUCAACAUUUACGGCACUGAUAUGGUACUUCAGUAUGAGGGACACGGACUCGGAGACAAUCCACCGCAUAUCUUUGCUAUUGCUAACAUCUGUUAUACAACGAUGAUGGAUGCCAAGCAGAACCAAUGUAUAAUCAUCAGUGGGGAAAGUGGCUCUGGCAAGACUGAGGCAACCAAACUGGUCCUGCGCUACUUGACAGCUAUUCACCACAAACGAAACAUCACACAACAGAUUGAGAUUCUGGAGGCCACCCCCCUGCUGGAAUCUUUUGGGAAUGCCAAAACGGUCCGGAAUGACAACUCCAGCCGCUUUGGGAAAUUUGUGGAGAUCUUCCUGGAGGAAGGUGUGAUCAGUGGUGCCUUAACCUCCCAGUAUCUCCUAGAGAAGUCCAGGAUUGUCUUUCAGGCUAAAGAUGAGCGGAACUAUCACAUCUUCUAUGAGAUGCUGGCUGGCUUACCUGCUCACAUGAAGCAGAGCUUCUACCUGCAGGAAGCAGAAACCUACUACUACCUCAACCAGGGCGGUAACUGUGAGAUUCAGGGCAAGGACGACGGGGAUGAUUUCCGGCGUUUAGUGGUUGCCAUGGAGAUCCUGAACUUUAGCCAUGAUGACCAAACCAAUGUCUUCAGAGUCCUGUCCUCCAUACUGCACCUGGGCAAUGUGUUUUUCCACCGAGUACAGUCGGAUGUGCAGGAGGGGGCAGGUGUGGUCAGUGCUCAGGAGAUUAGAGUGGUUGCCGAACUCUUACAGAUCUCACCAGAGGGACUCCAGAAAGCUCUCACCUACAAAGUCACGGAUGCAAUGAGGGAAAAGAUAUACACUCCUCUCACAGUGGAGAGUGCUGUGGACGCCAGAGAUGCCGUUGCCAAGAUACUUUACUCGCUGCUCUUCCAUUGGCUGACAGAGCGCAUCAAUGGGCGGGUCUAUCCACGCCAUGAGGCUCUGUCUAUAGCCAUAUUGGAUAUAUAUGGGUUUGAGGACUUGUUCUUCAACAGCUUUGAGCAGCUCUGUAUUAAUUAUGCCAAUGAGACUCUUCAAUCGUACUUCACACGCAUAAUUUUCAAGCAGGAGCAGGAAGAAUAUUUUCGGGAGCAGAUUAUUUGGGAGGAAGUAAGUUUCACGGACAAUCAGAACUGCAUCGACCUAAUCACUGCAAAACCUCAUGGGAUACUACGCAUCCUGGACGACCAGAACGGUUUCCCUCAGGCAACUGACCACACCUUCCUUCAGAAGUGCCACUAUCACCAUGGAAACAACCCUCUGUAUUCAAGGCCAAAAAUGCCCCAACCAGAGUUCACCAUCAAACACUACGCAGGACGGGUCACUUAUCAGGUACACAAGUUUCUGGAUAAAAACUUUGAUCAACUUCGCCAGGAGGUUCUGGACUUGUUCAUGCAGAGUAAAAACACGAUGGUGGGGAAUCUCUUCCUUAAGCAUGCAGAAACUCUGGGCAACAGGAGCAGCACACACUCACACACACACUCUCACACACACUCACACGCACACUCUCACACACACUCACACACACGACGCUACCAGGCCAACACUGUCGCCGCCAAAUUCCAGCACUCACUGCAAGAGCUACUGGACAAGAUGGAGAGGUGUAGCCCAUAUUUUGUUCGUUGCAUUAAGCCAAAUCAAAACAAGGAACCAGGGCUGUUUGAGAUGGAGUUGGUUGCAGCACAGCUACGGUACUCAGGAAUCCUAGACACCAUCCGCAUCAGGAAGGAAGGCUAUCCAAUGAGAAUUCACUUCCACGUCUUCCUCAAUAGGUACAAAGCCCUACUGGGUUUGAAGGAAACUCCGCCCCCCAAUGGAGAAAACUGUGUCAUCAUGCUUCGUAAGCUCUGUCCAAUCAAAAAAGGAGCUUUUCAAGUGGGCGUGACCAAGAUCUUCCUGAGAGAGGACCUGUACGCUCUGUUGGAGAGUAAGAGGGACCGCAUGCUGCAUCUCGCUGCUCUGAUCCUGCAGCGUUACGUCCGCAUGCAUUUCGCUCGGGUCAAGUUUACGCGGCUCCGACGCAACAUCACACACCUGCAGGCACGCUGUAGAGGAUACCUGACCAGGCAGAGGUAUCUUCAAAUGCGAGUGAGUCUGAUCCGCUUCCGAUCGCUAAUACUCCUGUGUGCCAACCGCCAACGCUACAUGAAGGCUAACAUCCUUCAGCAGAGGUUAGCUGAGCAGCAGAGGUUAGCCAGAGAGGUCAUCAACGUCUCCCAGCUACCAGUUCCAGCUGAGCUCGGAGGCCUGCUGCAAACUAUAACAGUGGAGAAGCAGCUUCAUUCAGACUGCCUGGCGCUGGUGGAGGCUCCCAGGAUUGCAGUGGAUUCUCAGCUCACUCUCCCCUUGGACAUCAACAACCAUCUGAUGACCAAAUACGUCCGCUCACACUUCAGGGAGCUGAAGUUUGGCAUGCUGAUGUCUCCACUGGAAACCUCUUUAACGCGUCUUGAGGAGGACUUGAAGCAUGAUGCCCGAAAUGUCUUCAUGCUGAUUCUGCGGUUCAUGGGUGACCCCAACCUGAAUGGAGCCCAGGAGAACUUGUUUGGGAAUUACAUCAUCCAGAGGGGGCUGGCCACUGCACCAAUCAGAGACGAGAUCCUGGCCCAGAUAGCCAAUCAGGUGUGGAGGAAUGAGCACCAUGGCAACGCUGAGCGAGGCUGGCUUCUGAUGGCGGCGUGUUUGAGCUCCUUCUUCCCGAGUGAUCACAUGGAUAAAUACCUGCUCAAGUUUGUGUCGGACUACGCCCUAGAUGGCUACCAGGCUCUCUGUCAGCACAAACUGCUCCAGGGCCUUCAGAAGGCUCCCCUGGGUCCUGAUGCCUGCCGUACUUACCCCCCCUGCCUGUUGGAGUGGACCGCCAUCCGAAAGAGAUCACACAUGCUGCUUCAGAUAUACUGCACUGAUGGCAUGUCGUUCCUCUGUCCUGUCCAGUCAUGGAGUGCGGGGGAGGAGCUUGCAGGGUCGGUCCUGGAGCACAGGGGCGUGUCCUUGUCCAGCGGCCGUUCUGGUUGGUCACUGCGGCUGCAGGAGGCGGGACAUUGGGCGGAGCUUGGUGGCCAUGACUACGUGCUGGACGUGAUCUCAGAGAUGGAACUGCCCGCCGACUUCCCCAAACAGAAGAGCUACUUCCUGCUGUCCACCGAUCAGUUCACCCUGCCCAAACACAACACCAGCAUGAGUUUGUUUGGAGGUUUCGAUGGAGAAGAGGAGGGGCCUCUGUCACAUGCAAGACGUACAAGUGCCAUGGCAACCAGCAGUCUGCCAAUCUCUGAGGGGCAUAGUCAGGAGUCUAGUGGUGAGAGAGGGAUGGACAAGUACUUGGAUAGCCUGUUCGACCCGGUUUUAUCAGAUGGAGACCUGGAGAUGGCUUCCUCUCUGGCCAAUCGGAUGAGAGGAGCAGGUGGAGUCGGCGUGACUAACGGAGAUGCCACUCCUCCCUUUGCCAAUGUGCCCUAUUCACCAGCAGGAGCGGUGAGGGUACUUCCUACUAUGCCAGUCAUGCCAAAUGUGCCAGCUGCUCAGUCUGUGCCAGAUCCACAGCAAGCUGUUCUUGCCCAGCAGCAGCAAGCCAUCGUAAACCAACAAGCCAUUAUCAUGGCACAGCAGAUGACCAUGCAGGCCAUCGCCAUGGUGACGAGUCCCGUGACCAGCCCUCCAGUGUCCCCGCCCACCAGUCCCCCACCGGUUCCGUUUGGCGUUCAGGCAUUCCCUCCAAGCCCCUAUGGCCCCGCCCACACCAGUCCUUAUGGCCCCGCCCACACCAGCCCGUAUGGCCCCGCCCACACCAGCCCGUAUGGCCCCGCCCACACCAAUCCCGACGUUCCCGUUCAUCUCAGUCCGUACGCCCCCAGCACCAGCAGCACCACCACCACCACCACAACAAGCCCUCAGGCCCAAUCAUCCAAAGUUACCAUGGGAACAAAGCCUGCUCCUGUUCCCACCAACAGGGACAGGGACAACAAACCCGUCAAGAAGUUUGCCCCAGUGGCAGUAACUGGUCCCAUGCGUGCAGCCCCCUCUGGUGGUGAGAUUGUGAAGUCGUCAGUGGUGAACUCAGAACACAUUGUGCCCAGUCACAACAUCAAAGACAUCAUCCGCCAGUAUCAAACGCCUCCACCUGCACCGCAAGAGAUACGCAGGAAGGAAGGCAGAGGAUUUGUGAAGAAAAGGAAUCCCCAUGAUGAGGCCAUGCAGAUCCUCAAACCUCAGAUGGACAACCCACCCCCACCUCAGAAGAGAGACCCUGCCCCUUCAGCCACAUCCAGACCUCAGCCAAUCAGGAGCUCCAAACCGAGAGCUCCACCCCCUCAACUUCCCAAAACAGAAGUAUCCAGGGACUUGCCGGUGGAAACGGAGAGCAUUCAGACUCUACUUCACAGGAGCAGCACCGAUGAUUACUGCACAUACACCAACGUACCCUGGAAAAUCUACCUCAGGAAAGAGAUUUUUUAUCCAAAAGACAGUUUGAAUAAUCCACUGGUGUUGGACCUCAUCUUUAAACAGGUGGUGAACGAUACAUUUUCGGAGGCGUGUGUUCGUAUCACCAAAGACGAGAGACAGAAGAUGAAGGCUUUGCUUGCUCGACACAACAUAAAGCCUAAUGUGGACGUUCAGGAUGAGAAUGUGAAGAUAAGGGUAGUGGCCUUGGCCAGGGAAUCAUGGGAAAUAUACUUCUCCCGGCUUUUUCCUGCCUCUGGUAGUGUUGGUACAGGGGUGCAGGUGUUGUCAGUCAGUGAUUCUGGUGUGAAGCUGCUGAAUACAGUUAAAAGCAGUGCUGAUGCACCGGACUACUUCAAAGUGCUGCGACCAUACAGUUACACAGACAUCCUGUUUGUGACUGUACCAUCUCAGCACAUGUUGGAGUUUAACUUGCAGAGUGAGAAGCUCAUUCUCUUUUCUGCGAAAGCGCCUCAGAUUAAACAGCUCAUCGACACCUUCAUUUCACUACUGAAGAAGGACUCUGACUAUGUGGUGUCCCAACGUAACUUCAUCACUGAGGAGCGCUCUCUACUCAGCUUCCAUAAGGGAGACAUUAUACGCCUGCAGGCCAAGGAUGGACUAGACCCAGGUCAGAGCUAUGGUUGUGUUGUGAAGAAGAAGGUGAUCUACCUGGAGGAGCAGAAAAGAGACACACCUGAUUUCGGCUGGCGCUUUGGGGCGUUGCUGGGCCGCAGUGGGGCGUUUCCUAGCGACUGUGCGGUUCCCGUGGCAGCGCCGGACUUCCUCAGUGUCCCCGCCUGGAGGGGGGCGGAGCCGCAGGAUCAACAAGGGGGCGUGGCUACAUCAGGGGCGGUGGCCCUCGCCGUCGCCUCCAGCAUGGCUGCACACGAGCUCGACCCUGCCCUCCAGGUGUGUGUGUGUGUGUGGCUGGACCCACAGCAGGAAGAGCGCCUUCUUCUGGAUAAUCAGUAUAACAUGCAGGAGUUUGCCAAGAAGUACUUUAGACAGGGAACAGGAGGACACAGUGACUCUCGCAAAACCAAAGAUUUCAAAGACCCCUUGGAGAUGCUCAAGUUCAGCAAGACCCCCAUUCAGGAGUCUCUGAUUGACUUCACAGACCCCAACAUGAACAGAGUGGCCUCAGACAUAUUCCUGGCCAUCAUGAAGUUUAUGGGGGAUCACCAACUCAGGGGCCAAUCAGAGCAGUUUGUGCUCUGCACCUUCCUGAAGCUUGUUGGUGAAUACGGUCUCAUGAGGGAUGAAGCUUACUGCCAAGUCCUCAAACAGAUCACAGCGAACACUAGCUCCAAACCGGACAGCUGUCAGCGCGGCUGGCGUCUCCUCUACAUUCUGACGGCAUUCUAUCGCUGCUCUGUGGUGCUCAGGCCUUUUCUGCUGCACUUCCUUCUUCACGCCAGCAGGGGGCCUGCACAGAUCUUCCAGGGCAUUGCCAAAGCUUGUGAGCAGAACAUCAGGAAGACCUUUCAGUUUGGAGGCCGACGGGUUUCCCCAAACAACAUGGAGCUAAAGGCCAUUAUGGCUGGUAGAAGCUCAAAGCGUCAGCUGUUUCUCUUUCCUGGAGGAAUUGAACGUCACCUGAAAAUCAAAACCUGCUCAGUAGCCCUAGACAUCAUUGAGGAGCUGUGUUAUGAGAUGGCUCUACAGCGAAUGGAGGCCAUGGAUGAGUACACCAUCUUCAUCGUCACUAACAGAGGUCAGAGCGUGCGUCCUCUAAAUAAGCGGGAGUACAUCCUGGACAUUGCAACGGAGGCGGAGCAAACAGACCCCGCACACAGCUUCUGGUUCAGACGUGUCAUUUGGGCCCACCCGCUCAAGUACGACAACGAGCUGUGUGUGACGCUGCACUACAACCAGGUUCUCCCGGACUACCUGAAGGGUCUACUAAAUGUGCUUCCUCCUGGGAAGCUUAGUGAGCAACAGCUCCACCAAGUGGCCAAACUAGCAGCACUGCAACAUCGCGCCAAAGACAGCCUCUACAUUCCCACAGCACAUGAAGUAGCGGAGUACAUACCGGCCCAGCUGUUUGCAAAGCAAGGAGCAAAGGAGUGGCAAGCACUGGUCAGCCAACACACACACACGGCCCAGAGCCUCAGCGCACACCAGGCCAGAGCACAGUUCCUGGGUCUGGUGUGUGCGUUCCCCAUGUUUGGCUCCUCCUUCUUCUACAUCAUCAGCAGUAGCAACGUUGCAGUCUCCGCCCCCUGCAUCUUGGCUGUCAAUCAAAACGGACUUCACUUUCUGCACAAGGACACACAUGAGCUGCUGGUGCGGUUUCCUCUGAAGCAGGUCCAGGGAACGCACACUCAGCGCCCGGUCAGCAGUGGUCACAGCUACCCGUACGUGGACCUGUUACUAGGAGACCUCAGCAACCAGAGAGUUACACAGCUGCAGCUGGAACAGGGUCUGGAGCUGUGUCGUGUCAUUGCCAUGCACGUGGAGAACCUGCUGUCCGUCCGGGAAAAAAGACUGACCCUUCCACCCAGCGAGAUCACCAUGCUCUAACACACACACACACACACACACACACACACAUGCUCUAACACACACA